AUGGACGGCAAGAUGUCUCAUCUCCUGCCUGUGACCCUGCCCAAGAAGAAGAUCCCGGACGACGCUGUCCAGCAGGUCAGCGAAUGGGCGCUCCUCACCGCCGCCCUCGCGGCGAACUACCCAAUCUCCUACGCAGUCGGCCACUACCUCAUCCCCUGCGUCCAGUCCUCCUUUCUGCGUUGCGACCAGCCGACGGACGCUGAUCCCGCCGAGAAAACCACCCUCUGGAUCCGGGUGCUGUGCUGCGCCACACUCCAGGCGGCCGCGGCGGUGCUAGCGUUGCGGCUCCCGCGCCACCGCCGCUGGCUCCGCCGCGCCCUCGCCUACCUCACGCUCGCGCUCGCGGUCGUCAUCCACUGCAUGUACGCCGUCGCUGCCGCAGCCCGCCUCUUCCUCGUCGACGACCCAGGUGACCUCUUCAGCAUCUUCUGCACCGUGGCCGCCGUCUUCUUCAUGGCCAGCGACAUCAGAAGCUUCCUGGCCCUCCUGAGAGGUGAGGAGUAG